AUGGUGGGGGCAGGCACGGCCAUAGUGGGGGUGGGCACGGCCCUAGCAGAGUUAGGCGGGCACGGCCCUGGUGGAGGCCGCCAUGGCCCUGGGCAUGGCCCUGGUGGAGGUUGCCAACAUGACCAUGGCGGCAAGCCUAUAGGAAAUGUGGUAAAUGCAAAUGGCUCUGGUGGAUCAGGUGGACAAGCCGGAAAUGCCAAUGGUGGAGCAGGUGCACCAGGCGGUAAUGGCUUUGGUGCACCAGGUGGAUCGGGCGGAGCGGGCGGACAGGUGAAUGCAUCAGGCGGGAAUGGUAGUGGGGGCGGCUACACCGUGGGUGGAAGCCAGUCCGCCACUAAUUGCCGGUCGUGUGGGACUAGUGUCCCUUGA